AUGAAGUUAUCUAUUCAUGUAUUCUGUCUUUCCGGCUUCGCUGCCCUGUCAAGCUGUACAAACGUCAACAUUCCCAUUGGAUUAUCAGCUGUUGGAAAUCCACAGGAGACACUGCCUGCCAGAUAUCCUCUAUCGUCAUGGCAAUGCGGAAGGAAGCCCUAUGUGACUUUCCACCCCGGACAGACUCUUGUGUCCAGUGACACUAUAAACGCGCCUACAUUCGAUCCCAAAUCCCAACUCUUCACCGGCCCUUCAUCGCCCAGCAGCACAGGCAAAUACGUCUUUCUCAUGGUUGACCCGAAUACCAAUACCACGGAUCCAACAUACCCGGCCUUACAUACUCUGUACGCAAACGUCACCGCUUCAAAUGGCGAUCUCAGCUGGACCGUCCUCGCGCCCUAUAUAAACCCAGAGCCCACUGCGGGUGCACCACACAAUUAUACCAUGCUUCUUUUCGAGCAACCCAGCGCCCAAUUUAUGGUGCCGUCUAAAUUCUCGUCGUUCCUGCCGUUGAAUCUGAGCAAUCUGUAUGCGAGGGAGGGAUUUCCGGUUCUUGACUUCAUACAUGAUACUGGUCUGGGCGAGCCAGUAGCGGCAAACUGGUUCCAAGAAAGUGCCACUGGCACCAGCACCAGUAGCAGCGCUGUACCCAGUGUGAGCAUUUGUUCAGUAAUUCCGACCUCAUCUCCGAGUGGCACAGGUGUUGUUAGGAACCCCACGGCUACUGCCACUGGAAUCUUUUCUUCAGGAGCAAUCACCAGCACAGCAACCAGCAUCAGUCCACCAGUAGCUGGAGAUGCGGUCGUCAGCAGCGCUAACACCGGAAAUGUUUUGAUCGGUUUAGGUGCUGUUUUCGGAGCUUUCGGCCUGCUUUAG